GCGUGUCUACGAGAAUGACAGCUCGAGCUCUCUGGCUGCUCUGUCUCCUCGUGGGAUCCGCUCCCGAGGCCCCGGGGGCGGAGAGGAAAGCCUCGCCGCCCCACAGCAGGAAGCCCGGCCCCGGCGGCGGCCCGAGCGCAGCGGAGACGCGGGGGCCCGGCGCGCAGCCCGUCCCCCAGGCCCCGCGGCGCCCGAGAGCGGCCGAUGCCGCCCCCGGCCCCUGGCCCGACCCGCCGCCCCGGAAGCCCCCGCCGCCCGCCGAGAACCGCGCCGGCUUCCGGGAGGCCGCGCGCGCGCCCGCCGGCCCGCCGAGCCCGCGCCUCGCGCAGGCCGAGAACCGCCCGUCCCCGCGCCGCGCGCCCGCGCCGGAGGACGCCCCGCGCCGCGCGCGCGCCCGGGCCCUGCGCUUUCCCGCCGCGCGCGCGCCCGCGCGCGCCCGCGCCGCCGAGGCCCCGCCCGGCCCCGCCCACCCCAACCGGCCGCGCGCCGCCGCACCGCCCCCGGGGCCCGCGCCCGCCGCGCCGCGCCUCGGGCCUCCGCGGAGGAACGCGGGCCCCGGCGCCGAGCCCUGCGCGCGCGCCUGCGGGGCGGACCUGGACGAGCGCGAGGCCUACUGCGCCAGCGAGUUCGCCGUGAACGGGAUCGUGCACGACGUGGACACGCUGGGCGCGGGCGUCCGCCUGGUGACGCUGCUGCUGGCCCGGGACGGGCUGUACAAGAUGAGCCGCCUGUACGUCGCCCCCGACGGCUUCUUCCUCCGCGUCCACCUGCUGGCCCUGGACGCCGCCGCCUGCGGCCGCCCGUGCCCGGAGCUGAAACCCGGCAGCAGGUACAUCGUGAUGGGGCACAUCUACCAUAAGAGACGGCAGCUCCCGACCUCUCUGCUCCAGGUCCUGAGAGGCCGCCUUCGACCGGGAGAUGGACUGCUGAGGAGCAGCAGCAGCUACGUGAAGAGAUUUAACAGAAAAAGGGAUGGGCAAGUUCAAAGUGCAGUUCACACCCAAUGCAUUUGACACUUGCCGUCCUGGCAUUUUUGGAUCAUCGGAGACUUGGAAUUCAGCUACAAAAAAGGAAGGUCUAUUAUGGCGUAAUGGGGUUUCCCGUUAGAAUAGGGCACACAGCGCCUUUGUGAACUCAUUGCAUAGUUAGUGCCAUCUCUAACCUUGACGUCACCUUCUUCCUUACCAAAUGGUUCUUAAAUCGUGUGCUUCUGAGCUCUGGCGGUGCCUUAUGCACAUGGUUCAGAUAACUGACCUGUCCAGUUAACAGAUCACUGCUUCAUGUUGUUUAUUUUUAAUUAUUUUAAUUUAAAUACAUUCUUCAGUAGAAAUAGUUCACAAAACAUUUCCUUGAUUUAAAAUAUACAACUUUGAAUAGUCUAUAUCACGUAUCAAACCAAAUUUAUACUCAAAGCAUCACAUUUAAAAUUCUGUACAUAUUGUUAAGUACACUAGGCAAAGACAUGUAUGAAAUGUCAUUUAGAGCAAACACUAGGGUCAGUGCCCAAGACAAGUAUUAAAGUUUUACACUUAAUGGACUUCAUUCAAGCAAAAUAUUCAAACAAGUGUUCCUGCUGCACCAAAAUGUAAGAUAGUAUUUCUUCUUGCUUUCCUGUCCUAAAAACUUACUUUUUUUUUUUUUUGGUGUGUGUGCGCUGAACUGGAAGCUGUCCCAAUGCUGAACAUUUUCUGGGUGUAUCUGAUGUCAUCUUUCUAUUAAGACCAAGUAUCAUGUUUGUGUUUGUAAAGAAGUAAAUCAUGACUUGAAAUCAGAUCUUGGAUGCACCUGGUUUUUUUUAGCCUCAUUGUGCCACAAAGGUUUGGGAAAAAGCCAUUCUCAAACUUACUCCCCAAAUCCUGGAACCAAUAUUCAAUGACAGCUUGCAAGGAUCUGAAUUUUAAGUGCUUUCCAGUUGGUCUGAAACAGGUUUAAUCACUAGCAGAAUAUAAUAUUGAUUGGAUACUGGAGUCCAUUGACAUGAACAACUUUUUUCAGAAGUUAGUUUUACUGACCAGAGACACUGAUAACCCCUACCUAGUUGAAGACUACUGUGUGGAAAAAAAAAGAAAAGGCAGUGCACUGAAUAAAGAAAAACAACCUAUUUGGUCUCAGGGAGAACCGAUGCAGGCCACACGCAGACUUGAGUGGCCGCAAAAGCCCAGGUACCAGGCAGGACGCUAGCAAAUCUAUCUGGAAGCAUGUAGCAAUUGCGAAGACUUAACGGCUGAUUGACAUGGGAGAUACUGUUCCCUUGUUUGUCUCUAACAACAAACAGGCAAGUAAAAGUCAAGAAGUUUUGACUAUUCUGUGGUAAAACAUUACUGAGGGAAUUUUAGAUAAGUUUCCAAAAAUGAGUCUUGCACAAACUUAUAGAAAAAUCUCAGUGGAAUUGCUUUGAGGGGAAUCAACUACAUCAUUACACAAGUUAUUGGUAGGAGCCAAGAGUUUGCAGCAAAUGACGAGCUUCUGGGUUUUUGUUUCUUGUUAAGAUAAAAAUUAACUUAGAUGUAAAUAAGAUACCACAAGUCACAAAAAUCAAAGCCGAGUUCUUGAAUGCCAGAAAGCGAAGUGGUAAUCUUGGGUAACGGGAUUAAAAAUGGCUAAGAUACAUUGGUUGGAUGUUAGAGUAUAAAAAGGAGUUAAUAGCUAUGGGUUAGAAUCACUUCUACAGAAGCCUGAGGGUGAGGAAGUGAAUUUGACAACAGUUUCCGAGGGGUUGCUUAAACCAAGCCAUCUGUGUGAUGUUUGGAUCCCACAGUUAAGAGUAUGUACAUCCCACAAACAUAAGCAGGCCAGCUCUUAGAAACGGUCUUGACAAAUGAAGGCCAUCAUUCAAGACCAGGGCAGCCAUGAAAGACAGAGAGUUGGGAAUGUGCACAGGGGACAGUGGCUAAGUCUGGCGACUUCAGGUCAGACAGAAAAGGUCAAGAAUGGCCUCUUCAAUCUUCAGUGAGUACCCUGCAGAUAGUCUUAAUUUUGUAAGAAAUUGUAAUUAGUGACUUCCUACUAGUUAACUAAUUCUUUUGCUCAGAUAGGUUUUACUUCCUGAGCAUCAGGGCUGCGUGCACAUGUAACUGUCCUCAAUGACUUAGUUGCCUUCGAGGGGGACUCAAUAGAACCCCUCCUUCAAAUUAAGUUAGGCGCCAAGGAAAAGAAAAAGUUUUGUUUUAGUAGGGAAAGUUCUGUCAAACAUACAUUUCCUUUUGGUACUAGCUUUUUAAUGCCCUUUCAACGUAUCAUUUGGCAUUCUUAUCUUGCCCUUAGUGUUUAAGGUUGAUCAAAUACACAUCUAUGCAAACACUUAAAAACUGCCUACAGUGCAUCACCUCAAUUUCAGGACUUCAGCCA